AUGAUGUCCUGCACCCGCCGCAUCACGGCCCUGGCGUCGGUUCCGCGCCUCGCCGCCCGCACCUACUCCUCGACCGUCCCUCGCCUGUCCGAAAACCGCAUGGCCGCCAACGACCCCAACCCGCCUGCCGUCAAGCCCAAUGUGUCCGCCACCAAUGCCGUGCCCACCGACUCCAUGGGUCGCUGGGACGGUUCUCUGCAGGAGGACCCCAUGGUCGCUGAGCGCAUCCGCACCAUGCAGGCCCCGAACCGGGCCAACACCUGGGCUGCCAGCCAGCAGCCGCGUGAGCAGGCCAUGGUCGGACCUCGCUUCGAGCAGACUAUAAUGCAGACUCAGCCCCAACCCAUGGCGGCUAUUGAGCUCAUUCACAAGCAGCCCGUCCGCUGGACAAAGUCCAAGGUUGUCAGCUGCGACGGUGGCGGUGGCCCCCUCGGUCACCCCAAGAUCUUCAUCAACACCGACAAGCCCGAGAUCGCAACCUGCGGAUACUGCGGUGUUCCCUUCGCUCACGAACAGCACCGCGCUUACCUCAAGUCUCUGCCCGCCACCAGCUACCCUCUCGAGCCCACUCAAGACCCCGCGGAGGUGAACGAGGCCCAGCGCGUCACUGAUGGCGGCCUGGAGCAGCGGUAG